AUGUUCGUGCCUUAUCUUUUGGUUGCUUCGAGUCUACAGCUUUCGAUUGGUGUCUUCGGACGCAACAUCAUCAACCUUCAUCCAGAGUACGAUACAACCAACGUCCUCCACAAGCUUCAGGGUCCUGGCAUUUCCCAGAAUCUACUGGAUCGUGACUUUGGCGGUGCGAGAUGUGGCUCAGGCUUUGGUCGCUGCUCCAACGGCAAUUGCUGCUCUACUGCAGGAUACUGUGGAAACACAACGAGUCACUGUCGUUCUCCAGACUGUCAGAUCGACUAUGGCCAUUGCGAUGCACACGCCACCCCAGGGGGCCCGUCAACGGAGGGGAUUGCUCGCCCCAAGCUUGGGAGCGCUCUGUACGGUCCAGCCGAGAUUCGCCAUUGCACUACCCCCCGAACCGCUGCUUUGACCUACGAUGAUGGUCCCAACCAGUACACUGGCGACCUUCUCGACCUCUUGGAUAAAUACGGAGCGAAAGUCACCUUCUUCGUCACCGGGAACAACAAUGGCAAAGGUCAGAUUGAUAGCCCUGAUGUACCAUGGGCGCCUCUCAUCCAGAGAAUGGUGGUCAGCGGACAUCAGGUAGCGAGUCAUACCUGGUCUCAUCAGGACCUCAACAAGAUCUCCCAAGUCCAGCGUCGAACUCAGCUUCUGUGGAAUGAAGUGGCACUUCGGAAUAUUCUUGGCUAUUUCCCCACCUACAUGCGUCCCCCUUAUUCGAGCUGCACCACGGAUACCGGCUGCUUGAAUGACAUGGGAGAUCUCGGGUACCAUGUCAUUCUCUACGACAUCGAUACCGAAGACUACAGCCAUGACAGCCCAAACACCAUUCAGCGCUCUAAAGAGAUAUUCGAUGAGAACCUCAAUCAAAACAAGGGCAAGGACCAAUCCUGGCUUGUCAUCGCCCAUGAUGUACAUGAGCAGACUGUCCACAACCUCACCGAGCAUAUGCUGAAGAAGCUGUCCGCCGAUGGAUUCCGUGCUGUGACUGUUGGAGAGUGCCUCGGCGAUCCCAUCGAGAAGUGGUACCGCAGGGACGACCAGUAUAAAGCCCCCCGCAAGGGCAAGCCCCUACCUGCUCCAGAGAAUAUCACAGCUGAUGGGAAGUGUGGUGGAAAGGUUUCCUGCAUUGGAUCUGCAUUUGGUGUAUGCUGCAGUGGAACAGGUUUCUGCGGGAACUCGACUGAAUUUUGCGGAGCUGGCUGCCAGGCAAACGCUGGUUACUGCGAGAGCGACUUCGACGGUAGCCAACAUAUAGGACCUGGGAUAGUCGGCUCAGAUCCGCUCGGCGAUAGCAUCACAUCUGGCAAGAAGUAUGUCAAGUCGGAUGCCACCUCGACCUCACGAAAUGUUUCCUUGAUGUUUGCUUUUGUAUUCUUAUUCACCUCGACACUGCUGUGA